UACCGCCAGCUACCAGGGAAUGAUUGAACAUCUUCAGGAGCUGCUGUUUACACUAUAGCUGCGUGUUUUGCUGCACAAUAUUGCACGUCCAAAUUAACCCUCGUUAUGGGGGACAAGGCAGGCACCCGGGUGUUCAAAAAGUCCAGUCCCAAUUGCAAGGUUACAGUAUAUCUGGGGAAAAGAGAUUUUGUGGAUCAUCUAGAUCACGUGGAUCCUGUUGAUGGUGUGAUCCUGGUCGACCCUGAAUAUCUGAAAGACCGAAAAGUAUUCGUGACUUUAACCUGUGCGUUCCGGUAUGGCCGCGAGGACCUUGACGUUCUUGGGCUCUCCUUCAGAAAAGACCUUUACAUCUUCACUUUUCAAGCCUAUCCUCCCAUCCCAGAGGAAUGCAAACCUCACAGUCGCCUGCAAGAGAGACUUUUGAAGAAACUGGGGCAAAAUGCUUAUCCUUUCCAUUUUACUAUACCACAGAACUUGCCAUGUUCUGUUACCCUGCAGCCUGGCCCUGAGGACACAGGAAAGGCCUGUGGGGUGGAUUUUGAGAUCAGGGCUUUUUGUGCCAAAUCAAUGGAAGAGAAGAAUCACAAAAGGAAUUCAGUUCGGCUAGUGAUACGCAAAGUCCAAUACGCCCCUGAAAAACCCGGCCCACAGCCCAUGGUGGAGACGACGAGGAGUUUUCUCAUGUCAGACCGCUCUUUACAUCUAGAGGCUUCACUAGAUAAAGAGCUGUAUUACCAUGGGGAACCUAUCAGUGUUAAUGUCCAUGUCACCAAUAACUCCACCAAGACCGUCAAAAGGGUUAAAAUAUCAGUUCGACAGUAUGCUGAUAUCUGUCUCUUCAGUACUGCACAGUACAAGUGUCCGGUGGCUCAGAUAGAGGCAGAUGAUCAAGUGGCAUCCAGUUCGACGUUCUGUAAAGUGUACACACUCACGCCGACUCUUAACAACAAUCGAGAGAAGAGAGGGCUGGCGCUGGACGGAAAACUCAAACAUGAGGACACCAACCUGGCGUCCAGUACAAUUGUGAAAGAUGUGAGUAAUAAGGAAGUUCUGGGUGUCCUGGUGUCAUAUCGGGUUAAAGUCAAACUGGUGGUCUCCCGUGGAGGGCUUUUAAGCAGCUUGCUGGAGAGGGAUGUUUCAGUGGAACUUCCUUUUGUCUUGAUGCAUCCAAAACCAUCAGAGUCCAGCCUUUCCCAUUCAACCUCAGCUGUGCCAAUGUUGGAUCCACCAAUUGACACCAACUUGAUAGAGUUUGACACCAGCAGUUUAAUCCCUGACGACGACAUUGUAUUCGAAGACUUUGCUCGCUUGAGGUUGAAAGGAAUUAUUGAUAAAGAAGAGGAUUGCUGAAUCAUUUCAGUAUUCAUCAAAUUGUGCAUCUUUCAUGUCCCCGAAGGUGUAACAACGAAACGGUUCUUCUCAUCCCAAUACGAAUGAAGCAGUAUUUGGCGAUUUUUAUUUGAAAAAAUGUAUAUUGCGUUAAAUUCAUGUAAAAAGCAAAUGAAGAAGGGGAUACCAGGGAAUUUCAUACACUUUCUGCAUAGGCAUGUGAUGAUUAUAUCUGUCAUAUUGUGCCAACUGUUAUGUUAUGAAUGGCGAGCCAGUCUAUAGAGAUGGCUAUAUUGCUCGGUAUUUAUAUUCCUUUACAGAUUUUCCUGUGAUCUACAUACAUGAAUAAUCCACAGCGAUGGACAGUUUCAGUGUCAGGGCUGUGCAUGUUUCUCGGAGCUGCUGUGAAGAUCUUAAGUAAUUGAGCGGGUUGUAAAUAUAUGAAAAAUGCUGCUUUUAAUUUGUCAAACUGCUGGAUUUGGUUAAAAAAUACAAUUGCAGGAAUUGGAUGUAUAGAGAUUUAACAUCCCUCAGAAGAAAGGAAAUUUGUUGUUAUUACAACAUUCUUAAUGACAGGAUACACUGUUUGCCAUUUUAUUUUUUGGUUUUAAAACUGGAUUUUUAUUUAACUUUUUUUAAUAAAAAACUAAUACAAA